AGCUGGGGCUGACAGUGGGAGCUCACCCCGCUCUCCUGAUUCGAACCACCAGCGUUUCGGUCAGCAAGUUCAGCAACUCAGUGGCUUAAUCCACUGCGCCCCUGACAUGUAAAUAAAAGUUUUUAUUUCAUAACGUUCCAUGUUUCCUUGCCCUUAAGACCUUUUGUGGCAGAAGUCAGGCUAAGUCAAUACCUGGCUCACUUCACUGCCAUUUUGUCAUUGGCCUCUGACCUUACAGUGUUCAUCUUUGUUUCCAGAUGUAUUCAAGGGAAAUACAUAGCCGUGGGUACUAUCACAUGAAGAAGGUUAUCAGAACCAUGUAUUUCUUGCAAAUUCUCCCAUGGAGUUCUGCAGCCUUUAUAUUGCCUGGAAGUCUAGCAUGACAGCUCCAGAAGCAACGUAUGCUGGGUGAUGCUCCUUACAAGGCAUUCUGGGUGGUAGGCUAUGUUACCUUUUCCCAUCCACUUCCCUGCCAGGUCUCGUGGUUUUAUUUAUGCAUCACGAGUGGUUAGGCCUGGAAGGGAUUAGGUGGGAUUUUCCCUGCAAAUCCACUUGGGGUUUAGCAAGGGUCAGGCGAUUAAAGCCUUGGAUAUUGGCCAGUGAGCUCUCAAGCUGGCCUUUUAAAAGAUUCUUGAAGAGGGACCCUUUGGGAAGAUGUCAGGGCAAACUUCCUAGCUGCUAGGGAAGCACACAGCCUUUUCAAAAGUGUUCUAGAAGCCAUUGUCUCAUAUUUGGAGGUCAUACAUCUCUCCUCAACUGAGGUCCAAGAUGGUUUGCAAAACAGUUCUGAUCACCGGUUGCUCCUCUGGAAUUGGACUGGCUUUGGCUGUGAAGUUAGCAAAGGACAAGCAAAGAAGGUUCAAAGUGAUUGCCACAAUGCGAAAUUUGUCCAAGAAGGACAAGCUGGAAGCAGCAGCAGGCCAUGCCCUCCACAAAACUCUGGACAUCAAACAACUGGAUGUCUGUGAUGAGAAAUCCAUCCGCAACUGCAUCAACAGUAUUCCCCAACGGCACAUUGACAUCCUAAUCAAUAACGCUGGUGUUGGUCUCAUUGGUCCCAUUGAGUGCCAGUCUAUUGAGGAGAUGAAGGCCAUCAUGGAGACUAACUUCUUUGGUGUGGUGAGGAUGAUCAAGGAGGUCCUCCCUGAUAUGAAGAAAAGGAAAAACGGUCACAUUGUGGUCAUCAGCAGUGUCAUGGGUUUGCAAGGUAUUGUGUUCAAUGAUAUCUACACAGCCUCCAAAUUUGCCAUCGAGGGCUUCUGCGAAAGCCUCGUUAUCCAGGCGCUCAAGUUCAACAUUUUUGUCAGUUUGAUAGAGCCAGGCCCAGUGGUCACUGAGUUUGAGAUGAAGGUCCAUGAAGAUGCAGAGAAGGCUGACUAUUCCCAGACGGAUUCCGAAACAGCCGAGAUAUUCACCAAUAUCUACCUGAAGAAUUCCAAGGCCAUCUUCUCCAGCUUGGGCCAAACCCCAGAAGAUGUGGCUGAGCACACGUUGAAGGUCAUCACCACUGUCAAGCCUCCCUUCCGUCACCAGACCAAUGCCAUCUAUACACCCAUGACUGCCCUCAAACAUGCUGACCCCACUGGGGCCCUGAUGACCGACUCCUUCUACAAGAUGAUCUUCAGAUAUGACACCCUUUUGCAUGUCAGCUUGAAGGCCAUCCGUAUUAUUCGCUGGCAAGCCCACAAAAUGAGACAAGGGGCCAGGCUGCUGGGCUUCAGAUGAGGUGCUUCGGAGGCUCAAAGACCAGAGUUUUAAGGAGAAGAGAGACCAGGAGGUGAUGCCAAGAGACCCAAUCAGAAGAACAUUUCAAGGAUUUAUUUCAUUAUGGCAAUUUUUCUGUCUGGACUUUUUAAAUGUUCAUAACAUUUAGUUGUAUCUUCACACCACAUCAGGGUGGACAACUGUGGAAGGCAAGGAUAUAGCAUUAAUUUUCCAGGAGACAUUAGAGGGUCACAUCACCCAAACUAGCUUUGCAAAAAGUGUUUAUAACAAUUGUUUCAAAGGCCCCUGAGGGGCAUGAGGUAUAUUUUUACCAUGCCAUUGGGCCUUCCUUUUAGGUCCAAAACAAGUUUUGAUAACAAUAAGUGGAAAUCACUCCUUGUUUUAAAAAAGCCCCUUUCCUGGACCUAAACUGGCGAAGGCAUAUAAACAUGAUGAAAAUGUGCCCCCUCCUCCCAUAAGGCAUUUUAAAUAAGACCUUUUUUUUCAAAGUUCCAAAUGUUUUUUGAAUCUGUGGGGGUGUAAGGGGCCUCCAAAUGUGGUAGAAAUACUCCCCACUCCUGGCAGCCAUAAAGAUGUCUUGGGGGCUGUAUACAGCCCAUAGCCUUUUCAGACCUCUAUGUUACAUUUUUAAGUCCUGUUUUGUAUGUAUUACUUGCAUGCUUUAUCACAGUGGCAGGGAUCCUAUCAGCUAAUCUCAACUAGAGUAGACAUAUUUAAUCAUUUGUUGUAUGUUGAGUUGACACUAGAGAAAUCCAGUGGGUUCAAUGGCUCUUCUAUAGCCAGAACUUACAAUAGAAUUUAAGCCCAUGAUUUGGGGCCAGAAUCCUUUUGGAACCUUAUGCUUGCAUUAAAAUAACUGCACAAACAGUUUCACUUUGUCAGAAUUAUGUAAGUGAAGCUUCUUGCACAACCAAUGGUUCUACACAAAUGUAUAAAUAAAGCCAGUGAGAUAUGGUAAAAACCGGAAUCUAUCAAGGAACAAAAUGUUAAAGGCUUUAUGUUAAUUUGACUAAUGUGGGAGCUUAAACCCAUACUGAACCUGCAAAUAUAAUCACUGGACUUUUUUUGCUGGUUGUGAAGCCAGCAAUCCUUAAUCUACUUUCUAGAGCAGUGGUUUCCAACCUAUGGGACGCAGCCCAGGAGUGGGCUGCAAGAACAAAAAUGUGGCCUGUGAACCUCCUUCCUUUUUAUUCAUUGUAUUUUAUUAAUUUUUAUUUCCACUCCUUUCCAAAGAGCUGACCAUUGCAUUGGAUAGACCACAUAAGUUAUAGAUUAUUAAAUAUGGUUUUCUGUGGGCGAGCAGAUGGCGACUACUGGAUGGCAUAUAAUCGUAUAUCAGAAACUAGAGCUGAUGCAGUCUAUCCAAUGCAAUUUUCUGAAUCAGCACCCCAAAUAACCAAACCAAAUUUAAAGUUGACCAAAAACUUAUUUGUAACCCUUUUGGUACUAAUGUUGAACCACAACAGUUGGAUCCUGGGGCACAAUAAAGACUUUCAAAAGAAAA